AUGGAGUCGCCCACCAAGGAGAUUGAAGAAUUUGAGAGCAACUCUCUGAAAUACCUGCAACCCGAACAGAUCGAGAAAAUCUGGCUUCGGCUCCGAGGGCUGAGGAAAUAUAAGAAAACGUCCCAGAGGUUACGAUCUUUGGUCAAACAAUUAGAGAGAGGGGAGGCUUCAGUCGUAGAUCUCAAGAAGAAUUUGGAAUAUGCAGCCUCCGUGCUUGAAUCUGUGUACAUUGAUGAAACCAGGCGACUCCUGGAUACGGAGGAUGAGCUCAGUGACAUCCAGUCAGAUGCAGUGCCUUCUGAGGUCCGAGACUGGCUGGCUUCCACCUUCACACGGCAGAUGGGGAUGAUGCUCAGAAGGAGUGAGGAGAAGCCGCGGUUCAAGAGCAUCGUCCACGCAGUGCAGGCUGGGAUAUUUGUGGAGAGAAUGUAUAGACGGACAUCAAACAUGGUUGGACUGAGCUAUCCACCAGCUGUUAUUGAAGCAUUAAAGGAUGUGGACAAGUGGUCCUUUGAUGUCUUUUCCCUCAAUGAAGCCAGUGGGGACCAUGCACUGAAAUUCAUUUUCUAUGAGUUACUUACUCGCUAUGAUUUGAUCAGUCGUUUCAAGAUCCCCAUUUCUGCACUUGUCUCAUUUGUGGAGGCCCUGGAAGUGGGAUACAGCAAGCACAAAAAUCCUUACCACAAUUUGAUGCAUGCUGCUGACGUCACACAGACUGUGCAUUACCUCCUCUAUAAGACAGGAGUAGCAAACUGGCUGACGGAGCUGGAGAUCUUUGCUAUAAUCUUCUCAGCUGCCAUCCAUGACUACGAGCACACCGGAACCACCAACAAUUUCCACAUUCAGACCCGGUCUGACCCAGCGAUUCUGUACAACGAUAGGUCUGUUUUAGAAAAUCACCAUUUGAGUGCAGCCUAUCGCCUUCUGCAGGAGGAUGAGGAAAUGAAUAUUUUGAUCAACCUCUCGAAGGAUGACUGGAGGGAGUUUCGGACCUUGGUAAUUGAGAUGGUGAUGGCCACAGAUAUGUCCUGUCAUUUUCAGCAAAUCAAAGCAAUGAAGACUGCUCUUCAACAGCCAGAAGCAAUUGAAAAGCCAAAAGCAUUAUCCUUGAUGUUGCACACGGCAGACAUCAGCCAUCCAGCAAAAGCGUGGGAGCUCCACCAUCGCUGGACCAUGUCACUCCUGGAGGAGUUCUUUAGACAGGGCGAUAGAGAAGCAGAGCUGGGUCUGCCUUUUUCUCCUUUGUGUGAUCGGAAGUCCACCAUGGUUGCCCAGUCACAAGUAGGUUUCAUUGAUUUCAUUGUGGAACCCACCUUCACUGUGCUCACAGACAUGACAGAAAAGAUCGUGAGUCCAUUCAUUGAUGAACCCUCUCAAAGUGGGGGCACCGGGCAGAGGCGUUCAAGUUUGAACAACAUCAGUUCAACAGAUGUAAAGCGAUCAGGUGUCAAGAGCUCUGGCUCAGAAGGAAGUGCCCCAAUCAACAACUCUGUCAUCCCUGUUGACUAUAAGAGCUUUAAAGCCACUUGGACUGAGGUGGUACACAUUAACCGGGAGAGAUGGAGGGCCAAGGUGCCCAAAGAGGAGAAGGCCAAGAAGGAGGCGGAGGAAAAGGCUCGCCGGGCUGCAGAGGAGAAGCAAAAGGAAAUGGAAGCCAAAAGCCAAGCCGAAGAAAGUGCAUCUGGCAAAGCUGAGAAAAAGGCGUCUGGGGAAGCUAAGAAUCAAGUCAACGGAGCACGAACAAAUAAAAGCAACAACCCUCAUGGGAGAAAUUCCAAAACUGAAAAAUUAUCGGGAGAAAAGCAGCAGAAUGGUGACUUGAAAGAUGGUAAAAAUAAGACAGGCAAGAAGGAUCAAUCUGAUGUCGGAAAUGAUUCAAAGAAAACAGAUGGCACAAAGAAGCGUUCUCAGGGCUCACCUGCCCCAAGCACUAGCUCCACGAGUCACCUUACCUUGCCAGUCAUCAAGCCUCCUCUGCGUCACUUUAAACGCCCUGCUUAUGCAUCUAGCUCCUAUGCACCUUCAGUCCCAAAGAAAACUGAUGAGCAUCCUGCAAGGUACAAGAUGCUGGAUCAGAGGAUCAAAAUGAAAAAGAUUCAGAACAUCUCACAUAACUGGAACAGAAAAUAG